CGCGCAGGGCGGCGGGAUGUCGGGGCCGAACGGGGAGCCGCACGUGGCGGUGGGCGGCGCCGGCGGCAACGAGGACGAGGACGAGGACGGGGACAGCUUCGGGGAGGAAGAAUAUGCAGCAAUAAACUCCAUGCUGGACCAGAUCAACUCCUGCUUGGAUCACCUGGAGGAGAAAAAUGAUUAUCUACACGCCUGCUUGAAAGAACUGCUGGAGUCCAACCGCCAGACCCGCCUGGAGUUCCAGCAGCAAAGCGAGCAGCAGAACAUGGAAGCUGAUGUGCAGGGACCACAGCCUCCUGUCUAGUGUGCUGGCCACAAACUCUCAGUUGGUAUUGCUACGGGGACAUUUACUGGUCACCGAUUUAACGUAAAACUUGAAUAGAAGAGGUACCUCAUGCCUGUUACUUGUUCCUGUGGUUGUGUCCUGCCAUUCACCUCCACGUUGUUAUUCUUUAGCUGUGUGAUAGGUGCAGAAGCACACAGGUGGAUGUAGGAGAGCUGGUUCUUUUUGCGCCUCAACACGAGCCUGGCACUGACACUUGGUUAAAGCUUGUUGUAGGAAACCUGAUGCUACAGAGGUUGUUUGCAAGCAGACCCUCUUCACAAACAGUAAAAAUGAUAUCUGCUCUUUUACACUGUUAAAUCCAAGCAAGGAGUGUUAUGGCUCUAGCCUCUUCCCUCAAAAAGCAUGUUAGGCAGGGGCUGUCCUGACUUCAGGCUUGCCCCUAAGCGUAGCUCUAGUGACAGACUUGGAGGCGGAGGCCCUAGACCAGCUCCUGCCUUGAAAAUACAGCUUCCCCAUUAUUCACGUUAACUGUGAUGUAAGAAAUAUAGGCUGAUGGUCCCAGAUCACUGGACACUUCUAUACCCUUCCAAGCAGAGAAGACAAGCUACCAGGGUCAUGUUUUUGACUGUUAUAAUUGGAAGCUGCCUAACUCCUUAGGUUGCUAUUAAGGUCUCAGGCAUUAGAGAGAGGCAGAGCAGCCUGGUUAGCCCCCACCACAGCAUUAGCUAUACAGAGCAAAGAGGCAGGCCUGCCCGCCAUGGGCUGUGAGCAGAGUCCUCCCUGUACAUUUUGACAGUACACAUGAGCAUUCUGGUCUGAAACUUUGUGAUCUUGUCAGGAUUGCCUGGGGCCAGCACUGUGAAGCAAGUCUUACUGUUCUACUUCUGUAGAGUUAAAGGAGUUUUUUGGAAAGUUAAAGAAGUUAUUUAUAAGAAAUCUGUUUUAUUAAAAUCAGUUUGAAACAAAA